CUAAAUUCAUUCUCUAGCACGGAAGCAUAGUAUAGUCUUUGCUUGUUAUCUUGCAUACAUACCCAACCAACCUUGUUCCCCAGAUCUCACUCUCCUGGCUUCAUCCGCUAAGAGAAAAUGGCGGUGAUCUCUAUUCACCAAUUCGCACAAUGCAUCACUUGCCACGCUUGGAGCCCCGAUCAAUCUAUGGUUGCAUUUUGUCCAAACAACAAUGAAGUUCACAUCUAUAGAUUGUUAGAAGACAAAUGGGAAAAGGUGCAUGUUCUUCAAAAGCAUGACCAGGUAAUUUCUGGGAUAGACUGGAGUGCACGAUCAAAUAAAAUAGUCACUGCAUCCCACGAUCGAAAUUCAUAUGUCUGGAACCUUGAAGGAUCAGAAUGGGUGCCAACUCUUGUUAUCCUUAGACUAAACCGUGCUGCUCUUUGUGUUCAAUGGAGUCCAAAAGAAAACAAGUUUGCAGUGGGAAGUGGAGCCAAAACUGUUUGUAUAUGCUAUUAUGAGCAGGAAAAUAACUGGUGGGUUAGCAAACUUAUCAGGAAAAGACAUGAUUCUUCAGUGACAAGUGUUUCAUGGCAUCCCAAUAAUAUUCUUCUUGCGACAACAUCCACGGAUGGGAAGUGUCGAGUAUUUUCCACCUUUAUAAAAGGUGUAGAUGCAAAGGAUUCAAAAAAGAGUACUUCAUCUGAUUUGAAAUUUGGAGAGUUGAUUGUUCAGCUUGAUCUCUCAUCAUCUUGGACAUUCGGAGUCAAGUGGUCACCAAGUGGCAAUACUCUAGCUUAUGUAGGCCAUAAUUCUAUGAUAUAUUUUGUUGAUGAUGUUGGACCUUCUCCUUUGGCCCAGAAUGUUGUGUUUCGGGAUUUGCCUCUCCGUGAUGUAUUAUUUGUUUCUGAGAAAACAGUAAUAGGCGUUGGAUUUGAUUGUAACCCAAUGGUUUUUGCUGCAGAUGAAAGAGGAGUUUGGGGUUUUGUCAGAUAUCUUGGGGAGCGGAAGGCAGUAUCAUCUGGAUCAAGAUAUGGCUCACAGUUCUCCGAAGCAUUUGGGAAGUUUUAUGGCCAAUCCAAGCAAAGUGGGAGCAACGAUGCUGUUGAAACUUCAAGAACACGUGGAGCAGUUCAUGAUAACUGUAUAAAUUCUAUCAUGCCUCUUGGGGAGCAUGGAAUAUUGACAAAGCGUUUUAGCACAUCAGGAUUAGAUGGAAGAAUUGUUUUAUGGGAUUUGGAAAAUGAGCAGGACCUACUUCAAUUAUAAGCUCAUUAGUAUAUUGUCCCAUCUUCUGAGUAAAGUUUUAAUCGAUAUUGUCGCAUGCCGCAUUAUAUCUUGUAGAUUAAUUUGGUUGUGAGCAAUUGAAGUUAUUAUCCAUAAUUGUUGUGAUCAAGGCUUGAAAGUGUCAGAUAUCAGCCUCUAGAACUAGAAUGUGUUUAUAAGAUUUUACAUGUAUGAUAUCAUAAUUUCCUAUUAUAUA